AUGUGUCUUCCCUGCUUUCCGUGGACGUGGACCGAGUACGAAGACCCGAUGGAUUCCAUGCCGGAGCAGCAUGUGUGGGUGCAUGAUGGGCAGGCGUGGUCUCUGCAGAGAUGUCGCAGCCGUUGCCAUGAGUUGCCCUGCCAUAUUGGCCGCAGCAAUGGCACAGGAUAUCCUGGCAGCUGUCUUCAGAUGCUCAAAGUGAAUGGACCAGUCUGCCAGUUAUCAAUCAGCUCGCACCCCCGGCCCCUUCACUCUCAGCCCAGUCUCAAAGCAAACGCCUUUUCCCUCUUGCUUCCUCACCCUUUCCAUCUUCGUUUUUCUCUUAUCACUGCAAUCCGAUUGUUGGGAUUGCUUCAUCUCGCCGCUCGCCCUCAAAAAAUGCCCGAAGCCGUGGCAAAGUCUCCCAAGACUCCUCGACGGCUCAAGACUGGAGGCGAGCCCCUUCGUCAGGUGCAAUUCCUGAGCCCAGGCAGCAACGCCGAGACCAAGCCCGCGAUUUCUUCUUCUUCCACCUCCUCGGCUCCUUUUUCUUCCUCCACCACCGCUUCCAACGGCGAGAGCAUCCACGUCAACACCGCAACUCCCGCGCCCGACAACCAGCCCUCGAGCUUCCCGCAACUCGGCGCCGCGCCAAACAGCUCGCUCGCCUCUGACCAGUGGCACACGUCCGUUGACCCGACCCAGAGCGUCAAGUUGCCCGGCCAGCCGUUUGCAGGAGGCUUUGCAGGAGGCUUUGCAGCGCCCGGCUUUGCACCUGGCUUCACCUGCGCGCCACCGCAGACUCACCUCGUCGGCCCCUUUUCUGCUCUGCCCCAGGCUUCUGCUGCCCCCUUCACCACCUACGUCGGAUUCCCUCCUCAGCAUCAGCCUCAGCAUCAACCUCUGCCUCUUCAGCAUCACUUCAUCACCGCCGCAAGCAUGGCCGACUACCAAAACGCAGCGCCAAUGCCCUCUAGCGUCAACUUCCAGCCUCCGGUGCCCGACACCACGUUUGGGCCCAUUCCCCACGUCUACGUGCCUCGUUUUGACGGCGGCUUCGUGCCCGCUGCUGUUCAAGUCGGUCUCCCCUCGCCAAGCGUUGCCGGCAUCCCAGUCGCGCACUCCAGCUACGUUGUUGCUCAGCAGCCUGCCGUCGUCCCCCAGCCCUUCGUCGGCCAACAGCCAGUCAUGAUCGGCGGACAGCCAGCUGCUGCUGCCAUCCCCGUUCACCAAAUGCCUACUGCUGUUCCCGCCAUGGGCCUGUCUGGCGUCGGCGGUAUGCCCGUCUUUACAGGUAACGGUGGCCAAAUCCCCGAUGUGUCUGGUCUGGGCCGUACUCCUGGCGAAGAGACGGUGCGGCAGCACCAGUUUGCGCACGCAAACAAGCUGUUCGAGCCGCAGGAGUUUAAGCCGUCGGACGAUGACCCAUCCCGUUUCUACUAUGUUCGCGAAGUUGACGGUAAUUGGACUCAGCGCAACCGAUUUACUAUUGACCACCUGGGCGACUGUCGAUGGAAAACGAAUAAGAAAGACCUCACUGGUGCUGAAACUAGGCAUAUUGUACAUCCGUUUGCUCACCAUUCCUGCGUCUACAUGCCGCAAUUCGAUGCAGUAGCUAUUGAGUUUGCUCCGAGGUCCACGGCAGAAGAGAACCCUAUGAGAGAAAAUGUUGCUGGAAACCCGGGCAGUUUUGGACCAUAA